ACUGCUUGGCUCUGACAGAUCCGUGUAUUCUGCAUUCUGCGUGCUGUUGCUAUCUGCUGUUGUUGACGUUGUUGUGUAAACGCUUUGACAUUAUAUUUCUUUGUUGCGAUUAAUACACAAUUUUACGCGUAUUAACGAUUUGCCUCGAUGAGAAUUAGAAACUUUAAAUAAAUGUAAAGAAAAAGUUGCGCGAUUUAACGGGACAAAUCAGUGUUGAUCCUGCAGCUCUGUCAAAGAGAUGUAGCUUUACGAGAAAGGGGGUCAGCCAUCGAAAGAGGCGACCAAAACAAAAGGUUGGAGAGUUUAAUAAACGAGGAUUUUGGAACUCUCUGAAUGUUUGACUCGUGCUAAUCUUGAUUCUUACAUGUAAAACUGAUCGAAUGAUUUUUCGGAAACUUCAUUGAGAAUUCACUAUAAUUAAACGUGUUUUUAAUAUACUUGAUGACUCAUGGCAAGGGUUAGAGUAGAAAAAACGUGGACGUGCUUGAGACUUUUCAUUCUUCGAAAUAGCUUUUAAUUAAUACAUUGUUAUUUUUGCAAAUGAUUUGGUUUUUGCAUAGUGUUUACUUCAAGUGUUCUAAAGCUACAACUGCUUUUUAUUCAUGGCAAUGGAAGGCACAAGUAAAAAGACUAUACACAGGUGGUCAGUUAUCAAAAAUUUGUUUAACCAGCAGCUGGGUGUCAACAUAAAUAAAUCAUUACUUAGUUAUUGUACUACUUUAAAUGCAUUGCAAAAUUUAAGACCAUCCACACCUUUAGAAAACUCUCCUACAGUUUUAAAUAAGCAGAUUUCUGAGAUACAAUUUAACCUUAAAGGUAAUCUCUUGGCCAAUGUUUACUGGGGUAAUGAUGCCGUACAGAUUUGGGACUGGUCAAAGCCUAAACUCAAAGCAUUUUUUAGUUCUGGACACAAUUUCACUGUUAGACAGGUGAAUUGGGUGCCUUCGGAUACUGAAAAUCUGAUUGUAACUAGUGGUCAAUAUGGAGACAUACGUCUUAUGGAUUUAACAGCUAACAAAUCUCGUUUGUUAGAAAACUCAUACUUUGAAGAUGAAGAGUACUUUUGUGGAGGCUUUAAAUUUUGUGUCAGUGCUAACUUACCUUACACAAUAUUAGCUGGUAGUCAAAAAGGUAAAAUAGUUAAUAUUGAUAUAAGAGAGGAGAAACCGAUGGAAUUGCUAAUAGCUAAACAUGACAAUUCAACUUAUUACGAGGUGUGCAGCAUCGACAUUAAUCCAACAAAGUGUUCAGAAUUUUGUAUCGGUGGUUUCAAAGACAUUCGUAUCUAUGAUUGUCGAAAUCUUUCUCAGCCAGUGCAGAAACUCUUUCCGCAGAUGAAUCCGGACGACACUCGACGAAUUCUCACAGUCAAGUACACUCACGACGGUUCGGAAAUUUUAGCUGCCUACUCAGAGGAUCCGAUUUAUUUGUUCAACACGCUGCGCUCGUAUCCGAUCAAUACUUACAUGACUUCGAGGCCCCAAAAGAGCAAGUACUCGUUCACCAUUUAUAACGUGCACUUCGUGGGGACUAGAUGCGAAUUCGUCGUGGCGAGCUCUUCGAUGCACAGCACCGAGGCCGGCUGCUCGCACUCCAACAACAUUUACAUGUGGGACAAAGAUAGCGGUGACAUGGUUCAUGAGAUGCGCCUUGAAGAGAGGUCCUGGCGCUUCUCUGCUCAUCCACACCUGCCAGUCCUGGCUAUGAAUAUGGAUCACAGCGGAAUAAGACUAUGGCAAUAAAAAUUUACUUGCUGCCUAGCUAUGACUUAUUUACAACACUGUUGUCGCGGCUGAUAAUUAUUUGUGAUAUUAACAAGCAUCUUCAACAUUGGCCGAGCAAUGUACUUGGGCUAUGUAUAUUUGUAUCUUUGCCCUUACUUCACAUUGUCAGCCUAAAAUAAUUUUAACAUAUUAAAACCUUGGAAAUUAGAUAAAACUGAAAUUUUUUUUCUUGUGCAAUUGAUUUGACUGAUAUUAUUACAUUAGGAACUUUAUAGAUAUUAUUUAACUCAAUGAGGACUUUUAUGAGAUAAUAACUACUAUACAUAUUUUAUAGUGCAAGAUCAAGAUUUAUAAAUGGAGCUAAAGAUUUGUUCAUAAAAUGUUUGCUUUGAAUCUGCUAAAUUAUUAUAUUAACAUUUUUGUCCACGAUAUUACAUAUCGUUAUAAAAUUUUAUAGAAACUAAUCAUUGUUACAUAUUACAUCAAAUAAUUUGAUCCGAUAAAAAUUAAUACAAAACAUGUAAAUAUGUCUAUGCUUGAUGUGUAAAAUAGAAAACUACUUAAAUUUAUCGAA